CAAUUACCAUAACACGUUAGGUAACGAAUCAUUUUAUUUAAACAGAAAAGUUUACUUAUCAUCUUAUUAAAUGUUAAAUCGAUAAUAUACUUUAAUAAGUUACAAAUGAUAUAAGGACCAAACACAGUUUUCCAACUACCAUAUGACAGAUAAGCAUAUAUCCUGAAAAGGAUAUGGAAUAUAUAUCCUUAUAUUCGUAGUACGAGUAUAACUUAUUGUGGGUUUUAAGUUAUAUAUGCUUUGAGAUUUCCUCUUCAAAUAAAAAUUAUUUUGUUCUAUCAUAUUAAUCAAAGUUAUGAUAUAUUUUCGGGUAACAAGAAUUGUACUAAGAAUAGUGAUCACGUUACGUUUUCUUUUACAAUAAAAAGCAAAAUGUAUCGAUUAUAUAGAAAGCUUUUCUGUUAUUAUAUAAAUAAUAAAAAAAUAUAUAUAAAAUUUACACAAAUCCUGAGUUUUCCUGUUGUUACACUCUGUCAGAAACAUCUUAAGUUCAUUGCUUUUCGGUUCUGCGCUGCGUAUAAUUAAUGGCGCCAAGUAGUUGGUAAGAUGAUACACGACAGUUUAUUACAACGGUGAGAACAUGGAAUCAUGACGUGUGAUUUUUCGUCUGACGAAAUAUGAUUCCAAAAAUAUGUUCAAGGAAACGAUAGAAGACAAAUGCCAGAGAAGUGUCUCGACCGUUUCGUUUUGCGGUUGACACGUUCGAAGGAAUCGAUAAUUUACAGCCUUACUAUCUUGAUGCUAUCGAUUGUGGCACCAAUUAAGCGUAAAAUUAACAAACAUUUUGGCUGACUUGUUUCUUGAAAGGUGUCAGCUUUCUGGCAACGUAACAUAUUGCAGAACAUGUGAGAGGAGUGUCGUUUAAGUAAUGUGAUCUUACGGACACACCUACUGGUUCUUUCCUUUUACUGUCUACUAUGUUCGAUCACAAUAUAUUCCUCAUACUUGAAGAUAUAAAAUUCAAAGUUGUUUUACACACUUCUUUCUUUUUUAUAUUGCACCGAAUCAAAACGUAAGAAAAUUAAUAUAAAUCAAACGCGAUGGAUAUAAAUAAAUUUGAAUCAGAAUUAGCUCUAAGCCAAUAUCAUCUGGUUCUGAUUUAUUCAGAAGAAUCACAAUUUGGCUAACUGAAGUGCGAAACAAAUUUCUGCAGUGUAUUUCGUUGGUUCGCAUAAUCGUAGCCAAGUUUCGCAUCUGUCAACAGUUUUUGUAUCAUUCUAUCAUCCCUAUCAUCGUUCUGUUAAUAUAAACAAUCGUACGUCUAAUAAUUUCAUUAAAUGUAUGAACGAUUGUACACUGACCUUGACAUGUAGGUAAAUGACAAACUUAUCGCGUAUUUCGAAUUACUGAAAUUCGUAUUUCUGUAGAAUCGUAAUACAGGUCUAAUAAUACAUUUAAGACGUUCAAUUUAUCAUCCCGGUCAUUAUAUGCAAAUUUGCAGCUAUACACACGUAUUACGUAUUAUUUGCAAUUCCUCUGUUUUUCUUAUUUGAAUCUAAUUCAUCGUACCGUCAUCGAAUUAUCAAAAUAUUAAAAAGAAAUAAAUCGUUCGUAUUUUUCAAAUUAAAAUGACGUUCGACAUAAUCAGGGUAUCCCUAGAUUCAUAUUCGAUGCGGAUGCAACAGAUUGAAAAUUGAUAUCAAACUGCGUUCGCUUUCUGUCAAGACAGUUAUUAAACAGCGUUUCAUGGCGGUGACAGAAAUUUAUGGGUACCUCAUUACCACCGUUUAGUGACUGCUACCGUCUCGCUGUACGAGAUCAUUAGGGGCUCCUUUCAGAAACGCACGUGCUUGCCAAGAACCGCCCAAACUUACAUAGGAUUGGUUAAACUUACAAUGACGUCAGGAGCACGUGGCUUUUCGUCGCCGCCUCGAAGAACGAAGAAUUUGACUUGGUUGCCAAAAAAAAUAUUGUUGGACAUCGCAAGCAACCCCGACAAUCAGUCGCUGGUUUCGACUCUAAUCCCGCGAACGGAUCACGGAUAUCUAUGAAUGAUCUGAAUCGAUCUCGUACUUGCAACUUCAUCAGUCACAUCAUUCUGUUUUUCAUAGAAUAAAAUCAAAAAUGUUUCGUUAAUUACCGACCAAUCAAAUUUGGGAACCAUUGUACGAACAGGUAGUGAUUGUGAUGCGAUGGUGAUAAGCAUAGUGAAGACAUGUGCAGUGAUUUUUAAAGGAUCGGCUCUUAAAAAACCACUAGAUACGCGUCUUUGAAGUACUUUGAAGUGGAUGUAUAAUCAAUCGGAACAUCGAACGGAGAUCUAAAUGAUAGCAUCAGGCAUUUGAGAACGAUCGAAAUUUAGAAUGUCGGAAGAACACGUGAAAACAUCAGAAACCAAUAGAGAAUCGAUGGAAUUGAAUGAAAGUCCGAAAGUAUGCUCCUUCAGUAUCGAAAGUCUUUUAGCGCCAAGUAAGAAACCUGUCGAAGAGGAAACUCGCAUAUCAAUUCAGACCGAAACGUAUUUGCAAGGUCACGAAUCAAAUGAUUCAGAGGAACGGAAAUUGAUAGCGCCAGAUUCCUCUAUGUCCAUGGCAGAAGAAAUCGAAUUUAACGAUGUGGAUCUGGUUUGCUCGACCCCUGAACCAGAAAUGUGCUAUGAGGCGUGUACCAGCAGUAGCGGUGCCAACUCUACAACAGGUGUAGAUAGAGACAUUCAAGAAAAAAGUGACAGCGCUAUUAGCGAUGACGAAAGAAAGAAGAGGCCUCGUACGGCAUUCACCGCGGCGCAAAUUAAGUCAUUAGAAGCAGAAUUCGAGAGGAACAAAUACCUAAGUGUGGCGAAAAGACUACAACUCAGCAAAAGUCUGAAACUGACUGAAACUCAGAUUAAAAUUUGGUUUCAAAAUAGACGUACAAAGUGGAAAAGGAAGUACACAAACGACGUGGAACUGCUGGCGCAACAAUAUUACUCCAGUUUAGGUAUUCCUGCACCCCGACCAAUUUUCGUCGAGGAUCGUCUUUGGUUUUUUAAUUAUCCAGCGCAAUUGCAACCAGGAGCACCGAUUUUUCCACAACAUUUAGCGACAGUUCCUUUACCAUCUGCCUUGCCUAUUGUUCAACCAUUGCCGAGUAAUUUAACAAUGGGUCAACAGACAUCGAUUUUCCAAAACAUCCCAACAAGUAAUCCGACAUAUCAUUUAAGCCAAAGAUUAGACUUUAGGCAUCAAGAUUCUUAAAUGCAAAAAUAUUUCGUGUUCACGUUACAUCAAAUGAGUUGGUAAAGGUCAUAUGCAAUAUUAAUAUAAUUAAUAUCAUGCAGGAUUGAAUCGUUAGAAAUUUGAGUAUGUGAUACAUAUUUUUGAAAAUUUUAAAAUUAACAGCGUUUUUAAACAUUCUAAAGAACGGUUAAGAUAUUUGUUAAUUUUUUUAUUAUCACAAUAAAUAACGAUACUAAAAUGGAACCAAAAUUCGUGCCAAGAAUAUACCAUAGUGAAAACACAAUCUCCAUCUAAAUUGUAAAAAAUUAAACAUUUUCAUUUAAAUAAUGAUAGAAGUAUAGAAAAUGAACAACGUAAACAAGAAGAUUAUUAAUCGCAUUUAUUAUAA